UUAGGGAUAUUAUAACUAUGAAAUUAUUUGUAGUCAAAUUAUUUAAGUGUGUUAUUUKAAAUUAAUAUUUGUCAUGUUUUUACAUAGGCGGUUUGCACUUAGUUAUCCAAUAAUUGAAUAAUGUUGUUCGAUGAAUUAAUUAUAAUCAAGUUGUGAAGAAAUAAGUAUUUAAUCCAAAUUGUAUAUAGUAUUAUAUAGCGUGGCAUAUAAACACUUAAAAUAYUUUUUUAACUUUUGGAAUCUGAGCAUUUUGUUUCUUUUGAGUAUAUUUUAAAUUUCAAAGAUGUAAUUUCAACAUUUAUUCAAUUUUCUUUUUGUAUUCAAAAUAUAUUUAGGUCAAUCUGGUGCAUCAGGUCAAAAACAAUGUAUGCGACAAUACAAAGGCAACAAGAAAAAUGAAUCUCCACUACAACGUCCAUUGGAGAAUAUAAAUGAAAUGUUAAGCUGGAUUAAAAAGAAGAAACGUCGUUUGUUUGAGGAAAUUUAUACAAACCAAGCACCUAUUAAUGAUGUACAAUCAAUGAACAAUAAGAAUGAUACAUUCAGAGACCGGCCAAAGGAAAGUCUUAACUAUGUAGGACUACCGAGUUCAUUUUAUAACAGUACACUGAAAGUAUUAGAGGAAUAUGUGAGAGAUAAAAAACAAAAAAAGAGUAAAUCAAACAAUAACAACAAUUGGAUUAAUAUGGAAUUAAUGAGAUACAUAUGUAAUUUAUUAAAAAUGUCACCUAAAGAAAUAGAUGAUCUUUCAGUGUCAUCAAACUCGGGUAUUCAAUUAGAACAAAGUAUUUUAGAGAUUUCCAAAGCCAAUUUGGAGUACCACAAAGACAUUUUGAAUUAUAUAUCAAAGUGCUUGGAUAGUAAUCUGAGCGACAUCAGUCGAGACCAGGCUUUUAGUUCGCCUCAAUAUAUCGGUUUGUUAGAUAAGCUACAUAAGCUUGCUGAUUAUUACACAGAGAAGGCACAAGAAAUGCAGAACAUUUGUUUGGAGUCUCCGAGGGUCGAGAUUAAUUGCUUGGAUGAACAUUCCAUUGAACAAAUUACAGAAGACAAUCCUAGUUUAACUUCAGAACUGUCUGUGGAUGGAGCCUAUGUUUUAGAUCAUUUGCGUACACUAUUAGAACAAAGAGGGUUAAUUUGCGCUGAUAGAGAAUGGCCUAUUUUUGGAAAUGAUGACGAAGACGAUAGCAGAAGCUUAACGGAUCAGCUUUUGGAUAUCAAACCACAAAUUAAAUCCAAUGAUAUUAAAGUAGAACGUUCUGAAAAAGGUAGCUUAUUACAAUUAUGAUUUAAAUAUUGCA